UCUCUCGAUCUCUCGAGCUGUUAAACGGGAGGCAGAAUUAUAGGCUGAGAAAGCGGGGAUCGAAAUGAGGUUUUGAAUGAGAGUUGGCUGACGAUUUUAAAGCGCCUCUUUAAAGAUAGCUUGAUGGGUUAUAGGGUGUCGUCAAAGUAGUUAGUCGUUGCCCCUCUCCCUCUCUCUCUCCUCGUAAUUUUGGUCUGGAGGAACUCGUCAAACGAAGGACCAGGAAGAAAAAAAAAAUGGGAAUCCUAAAAAAGAAGAUUUGGAAUAGUCAGACGGAUUCUCGUGAGAUUGAUUGAUUCCUUUGUCAAUCUCUCCACCCAUUUUGCUCCAAUGGGUUCUCUCACCUCAAAUUUGUGAUCUUGAUUUCUUGAACUUUUUUUUUUUUUUGGCUGGGAGUCUAUAGAGGGGGUGGGAAUUGAUGGCGUCUUCUCAAGUAGAGAUCGCGGCGGCUUCGUCUCCGUUCGGUUGCGUCUUGAGGGAUCACAACCGGAGAGACGGAUGUAACAGAGACUUCCGCAAGAACAUCAAGGACUUGGUCAGAGAUCACCUCCACACGUGCCUCCCCGAUGACAAUGCUUCUUCUCACAAGCCCAUCGUCACCAACAACAACGACAACGACAGCACCAGCACCAACACCAACAACAGGACCGAUCGCGCCAAGUUAAGACCUUUGCGCGGCUCGAAUGGCAUUGACAGAGACAGAGACGGACAGGAAUUGUCAUCGUCGUCGUCAUCGCCGCUAACGCCAAGGCAAACUCGGGGUUUCGAUCGAUGGGCACCUCAACAAGCUGGAGAUAUGGUGUCUUCCAUGAUGGAGACACCUUCUCCUUCUUCUCCUUCUUGUUCUUGUAUGCCGAAAUCCCAAUCCCAAUCGGAGACCGGUAACAAUAAUUCGGGGGUUGGAGGAGGAGCUUCUUCUCUUGUGCAGAUGUGGGAGGCCAGGCUUAAUCGGUCAACGAGCAUCAACAGGAAUAAUAACAUCAAUAUUACCAUCAACAUCACCCACAAUAACGUUAACCAUAUCAGCGGCGGCGGCGGCAGCGGCAGCAGCAGCAAUUCAUCUUCUUCUGUGUUGGCCGGUUGCAGCAGGAGUCCUAAAUCUAAUGCUUCCGCAAAUGUGGAAGAUUCAUCGAGGGUAUGUGACUCGGAAUUGUGCGAUAGGAUGGUUGCUUCAGAGGACCCGUCUCCUCCUCCUUCUUCAUCAUCAUCUAUAGCAGAUAGUGCAGGAAUAGGAGGAGGAGGAGGAGCAGGGCAGAAACAGAAGGUUAGAGUGGCUGAUAUCAUCCGGAGAUUGACUACUUCCGACAAUGAUCAUGACACGAGUGGGAGCAGCGGAUCGCCAUCUGUAUCGGACCACAUGGAGACGCAGAGGGGAUUUGUGCCAGUUGUGAGUUCGCCGAGGAUAAGAGGGCGACAAGCCUUUUCCGACUUGCUCAUGCAAAUGGAGCGCGACCGGCAUAGGGAGCUGGACUCCUUAUCCGAGCGCCGAACUGUUUCUCAGUUCUCGCACAAAGGCCGCAUUCAGUCAAUGCUCAAGCUCAGAUUGUUGCAACGCGGCAUGGCGGACCGUGAUCAACAGCGCCUCGUUUCGGGAGCCUCUGGAGGGAAUUCGUCACCUCAUAAUAGUUCAGCUAUCAUGCAUCUCAGGGAAAGAUUCAGCACGGCCAUGGAGCAUGACCAGGGAGAUCAGAAUCACCCAGUUGAGCCAAGAAGCUCUCCUCAGAACCCACCAUUGAAGAACUCCUGUGCUACAAACACGCAGCGUCAGAAUAGUCCCCAUCAGGAAGAUAAUGCUAGUACAAUCGAGCACUCGUGUACUCCCCCAAUUUCUUCAUCAGCAUGCCCUAUCGAAGAUCUUCGUUGUGAGGCUAAUCCAACUUCGAACGCCAUAUAUGAAGAUUGUGCAAGCCUUGGGAGUAGCAACAGCAACCUUGAAUUAGAACAACCGACCGAAGCGUCCAGAGCUCUCCAUGAACAGGCAAGUCAAGCGUCGACCGUCUUUCGCGAAGAUAAUAGAAGAGUCGAGAGUAGCAACGGCAAUCUUGAAAUACAACAAACGACUGCUGUGUUCUCGCCUCUUCAUGAAGUGGCCAGUCCAACUUCGGAUGUCAUGCCCCAAGGCACAAGCUCUGAUGCUAGAAAUGGCAACAAUCUUGAAUUACAACAACCGACAGAUGCGUUAUCAUCUCUAGAUGAAGAGGCAACUCCACCUCCGAGCAUCGUAAGUCAAAGUACAAGUUUGGAGAGUUGCAACAGAAACAAUGUUCAACCACAUGCAGCAACAGAUGCAUUAGCAACUUUGAGUGUCUGGUAUGAAGAUGAGAUUACGGAGGAACAGGACACCAAUAAUGCUAACGAAGAGGAAGAAUGGUACAGAGAACGUGGAGGCAGGUAUGACUGGUUCAGCGAUAUAUGUCGUCCGCGAAGUUAUUGGGAGGACCGGAGGCAAGAAUGGUACAGAGAGAUGCUCGGAACAAACUCGGUAAAUGAGGAAAUCCGCCAACUCAUCGAGAGGGGCAGAGUAUCCAGUUUCUUGUCUAGUGACUUCCGGGAGAGAAUGGACAAUUUGAUGACGUCUCACUUACAAAGACAAACCCAACCAUCAGGUCACCAAGAAGAAGAGCAAGAUGAUUUAAGCAGUCAAGAGAGAGUGGAACAAUUAAUGUCAUCCUUGUUACAAGGCCAUGAACAUCCAAUUGGCAACCGACAAGGGGAUGGAGAGCAUGAAGAACUGGAACAACAAGAAGAAGAGGAGGAAGAGGGGGACGCACCAGAUGGAGACGAACGAGGAUAUAUUAUUGAGGAUGAGGAGGAUAACGGUAAUGGCCAUGAAGACGAGAAUGACGAAGAAAUGGACGAUGACGAAGAAGUGGAAGGGCACGAGGAGGAAGAGGAAGAUGAGGAGGAAGGAAGCCUAAUUGGACAUCAGUACCAUGAAGCAAGCGAUUAUUUUGAUCAGACCACAUCUUCAUUCUAUAUGCCUUCUCAAUCUCUGAGAUCUUGGAGUUUCAAUGAUAAUGAAAUGAACGACGACCAUGAACAAGUCGCUUCUACGUCAUCCGAUCAACCUCCACCAUCACAUUCUUACUACCAGGAUCCUCAGCCGCAUUCUGCCUGUAUGGAUAACCUUUCAAUGGAAAUGGAACUUAUAAUUGAUCUGAGAGGACAAAUGAGGCAACUCCAACGUGAGAUGUCUGAGCUCAGGAAAUCAAUAAAAAGCUGCAUGGAGAUGCAGGUGACAUUGCAAGACUCCAUGAAACAGGAGAUGAGUUCUGCUCGCGGUGAUGCAGCAAGGUCUGGAGACAAAAUACUAAGAAAAGGGAAUUGUUGCAUCUGCUAUGAGAAGCAAGUGGACUCGCUACUUUACAGAUGUGGGCACAUGUGCACCUGUCUCAAGUGUGCCCACGAACUGCAAUGGAGCAGCGGAAAAUGUCCAAUAUGUCGAGCUCCUAUAGUGGAUGUUGUGAGGGCAUACACAGGUUCAUAGAAGGUGUGUUGAUCGAGUUCUUGCUUCAGAGGACCGUCUCAAUUCGUGCCAGUAACCUCAAUGAAGGUUGAAUCAGGAGACGUAAUUGAUGAAUAUCCGAGUGGAUUUUUUUGGAUGCAGAAGGUACUAAUCUUUAUACAUGCUGACUUUAGGAUUGGAACUCACUUGACAUUUGGAUGUAAUGGGCGGUGUAUAUUGUUUCAAUGAGCUAGGCUACUUAGCAAAAUCAGCAAUUUAUCCCUUGAUAACGAGUUUGAGAGAAUUACCUUCAGUCAUCAGAUUGGAUGAUUAUCUGUCCAAAAUAGGAAGAACGCAUGUCAAUAGUCAGGGAAGACUGUUGUUUUUUUUCACCUGAAAGAAAAGGUAGAUUGUGGUCGGCACAAAUACUUGCUCCAAGAUCUAAUAUCAAUUUAUUUUACUGCAA